AGGUAUUUCACCUUUGCAGGUGGAUAAGAGAGGAAAUGUCAGGGAUGAUGAACGGUGAAGUGGAUCCUGCAGCAGAAUUCCUCGCCCGAGAACAGGACCAGCUUGCUGGGCUGGAAGAUGAUUUUCCACCUGUCUCCAAUGGCCAGUCAUCCAAUGGGGCCUCCAGCUAUCCCCCAGGAGUUGCUUUGCAGCACAACUUCAAAAGGAUAGACCUGACUGUGGUGGGGCUUGGAACAGCCCUUGGACUUGAGAAUCGACCGCAUGACAGUCGAGAAGGUUCAGAUCUGGAGACGACGGGGCCUCUUCUCCUUGGUCAAGAACCUCAGCAAAUUCUUCCAACAUCAAUUCUGGGUCACAUUACUUCCGAGGCAUUUGACGAGAAAGAUGGCUUUGUGGAUCUUGCUAGUCAAAGUCAGUCUGAUUGGGAUGUGACAGGCCAGAUGGAGGCAGAGGAGAUGUCCUCCUCUUCUCCUAUCCCAGAGCAAAUGCAAACACGCUAUCAGGCACCUCUGGAAGAGCCAGAAAAGAUCAAGAAAUGGAGAGAAGAUCAGAGGAUACGUCUUGAGAAGAAAGAUGCAGAAGAAGAAAAGGCCAAGUUAGCAUUGAGAGAGCAAGCAAAAAGAGAGCUGGAAGAAUGGUACAAAAACCAUGAGGAACAGAUUUCAAAAACCAAAUCAGCCAACAGAGCUGCUGAGAAGGAGUACCACACCAUGAGCACAGCUGUUGAACCUGGUCAGGAAUGGGAGCGCAUCGCCAAACUAUGCGAAUUCAACCCAAAGCAUUCGAGGGGAGUGAAGGACACAUCCCGCAUGCGAUCCAUCAUCCUCCAGCUCAAGCAGUCCCCUCUCCAGAACAGCUCCUAAAAUACCAGCGCUUGUACCUUGCAUUCAUUCAUUUGAUCAAUCAAUCUAUGACCAGGUUCUGCAGAUUCCUUGUGCGUACGCCUUUCACCGUUUUGGAGUGAUUUUUUUUCACUCCAUCGGUUCCUUGGUUGGAGUUUAUUGAUUUUGUCUGUGGUUAGUUUCUGAAGAAUCUACAGAGCAAACUUACCUCGGAUUCAGAGAUGCCGUCUGCUAAAGAUACAUUUGAACUAUUUGAAAUUGUAAGACAUUCCUUGUACUCGGAACAGUGGAAAACAUGAAUGUGAGAUUGGCUGGAUAGGCAUGUGAGUAAAUGUGGUAUGGCAGUGUUAUUAUAUAUCUAUUAUUAGAUCGAACUCUGUAUGCAUUUUUCAAAUGGGAAAUGCAUGGUUAUUACAAGAAGAACGAACA